GGUGUUCCCUUCAUGGUUGCAAAGUACAUCAUUGCAGGACUGUGGAAAACAUUAUCUUGCCGGCAGCAUCUCAUUUUAUAAAACUGUUAAUAAAGAACAGCUCACCACAUUUUCUUUAACUGGAAGACAAAAAGCUGACUGGAAAAACCAAAGCAGUUCACAUGAGCUCCUUGUAGCUUCUGGUGUGAGGAAAGAGAGGAGCGAUCAUGUCCGUUCUGCAGGAGAUCAGCUCAAACGUGAAAAACAUGAAAACACUGGAAUAUUCGCUUCUGGCCAGAUGGACAAAACAGAUCAAGGAAGAUCUCAGACAGGGAGUAAAAAAGCCCUUCAAAGAGGUAAUAGAUGUCUCCUGGGGUGACCCACACAGAGGAGGUGUGAAGCCUCUGACAUUUGUCCGGCAGGUUCUUGCAGCAUGUCUUUACCCCCAGUUGAUGAACGGUGAAAAACUGCCUGUGGAUGUCAGACAGAGGGCUCAGAAGCUGCUGGAUGGAUGUGCUGGAUGGAGCGUGGGGUCUUACUCAGCCACAGGGGGACUACCAGAAAUAGUCCAGAGAGUGUCUGAAUUCAUAAGCAGACGAGAUGGAGGCGUUCAGUCCAACCCUGAAAACAUCUUUCUCUGCUGUGGCUCUCAAUGGGCGCUGACGAGGAUUUUAAAUGUCUUGGUGAACGCUGAGGCGCCAUACCCAACUGGAGUGCUGACUCCAGCGCCGUGCUACAGCACCACCACCCUGUCCAUAGAGGGGCUAGGUGGAGUGGUCGUCCCCUACUACCUGAGUGAGGAGAGGGGCUGGGAGCUGCAGGUGGAGGAGCUGCACCGAGCUCUGGAGUCAUGCAAGGGAGCGUGUCACCCCAUUGCCCUGUACGUCAUCAACCCCGGAAACCCGGCAGGUCAAGUUCAGAGCAGAAAGUCAAUGCAAGAGGUGAUCCGGUUUGCUUCGGAGAAAAGACUCUUCCUUCUGGCUGAUGAGGUUUAUCAAGGCUGCAUUUACGGGGAAAAGGAGUUUGUCUCGUACAAAAGAGUUCUGUCUGAAAUGGGGCCUCCUCUGUCCGACACGGUGGAGCUGGCGUCCUUUCACUCAGCAUCCAAAGGCUUUAUGGGAGAGUGUGGUCUGCGUGGCGGAUAUGUUGAGCUUGUAAAUCUGGAUCCUGCUGUGAAGAAAUACAUCUACACCCUGUUUUGUGCGGAUUCCUCUCCGCCUGUUUUGGGUCAAAUUGCCCUGGAUCUCAUGACAAAUCCUCCUCAGCCAGGAGACCCUUCAUACCUCCUUUAUUAUCAGGAGACGCAACACAUCAGGUCCACAGUGGUUAAAAAUGUGAAGAAAGCCUGUGAGGUGAUCAACAGCUUGCAGGGUUUCAGCUGUCAGGCAGUGGAAGGAGGAGCAUUUGCGUUUCCCAGAAUCCAUCUUCCAGCUAAAGCCAUCCAGAAAGCAAAGGAAGCGGGAAUGCAACCGGACACAUUCUACUGUCUGCGGCUGCUGGAGGAAGCUGGAGUGUUGGCCAGUCCUGGUUCAGAUUACGGACAGGAGGAGGGCACCUUCCACAUCAGAUUUUGCAUUCUGUUACCUCAUGACGUUUUGGGAGAACUCCUGCAGCGCCUAAGCGACUUUCAUACACAAUUCAUGAAGGAUUUUUCUUAGACUCACUUCAAUUAAAAUGAUAUUUUUGGUGCUUUUAA